CCCAGCGUUCGUCGCCUGUGCGAGGAGCACGGCGUGGACCCGGAGACGCUGGUGCCGGGGAGCGGACCGGGGGGGCAUCUGAUCGCGGCGGACGUCCUGCGGCGCGUCGGCGCCGUCGACGCGGCGACGCUGGAAAAAUUAGGACUGCGACCGCCGGCGAUCGCGAGGGACGAGCGGCCGAAAACGCUGCUGGAGGACUACGAGUACGGGCUGGCGCGAGGACAGCGCGCGGAGGACGCGGCGACGACGAAGAUGCGACGGACGAUCGCGAGUCGGUUGACGGAGAGCAAGACGAGGACGCCGCACGCGUACGCGAGCGCGGACGUCGAUCUGAGCGAGGUCGCGGCGCUGAGGAGACGGGUGAUGGACGCGAGUGGGGUGAAGGUGAGCGUGAACGAUUGCGUGAUGUACGCGGUGGGACGGGCGUUGAGGGAGGUGCCGGAGUUGAACGCGGGAUGGGACGAUGCGACGGGCGGAAGGCGGGCGUACGAGAGCGUGGACGUGUGCGUGGCGGUGGCCACAGACGAUGGGCUCAUCACGCCGAUCGUCACGCGAGCGGAUGAGAAGACGCUGACGGAGAUCGGGGCGGACGUGAAGGGAUUGGCGAAGAAGGCGCGCGAGGGCGCGUUGAAGCCGCACGAGUUUAUGGGCGGUUCCUUCUCCGUGUCGAAUCUCGGCAUGUUCGGCGUCGACGCGUUUUCGGCAAUCUUGAACCCGCCGCAAGGUGCCAUCUUAGCCAUCGGUGCCGGGAAGGAUCGCGUCGUCUUGGUCGAAGGCCAACCGUCAACCGUACAGACGAUGACGGCGACGGUGAGCGUCGACAGACGCGUCGUCGACGAAGCCGACGCCGCGCGUUGGCUCGAC